UAACUCAAAAGCAUUUAACAUCUCAUCCAGAUGUGAUCAUGUUGACACGUUUUUUUCAUUAAUUAAUUAACAUGCACAACUCCUUGUUCAACUAAGUGCGAGAGCGAGCAAAUGUUCGCUGUUGAACUUGUUUCUGACCAAUUAAAGCGAAUCGUAUUUUGCAAAUCAAGAAAUAAGAAACGUAUAAAAGUGAAAUGCUGCAAUGGCUUGCAAAUUCAUUACAAAAUCAAGUUCAAAAGGCCGACACAUUUCGCUGAAAUUAUUUUGAACGAAACGGAGAUUAGCAAUAAAGGCAGCAGAGAAAUCAAGGAUGUUGCAGUUUACUUGGAUAACAGUGUUGGUGUGCACAGUCUACAGUGCGCACACAAUAACGGCGCAAUUAGCGCUUGACUUUGAAAAGUGUCCCUUUGGUGAUUCGGCUUGUCACGUAAACGUCGUAAAUCUUCUGCUUAAGAAAGCCAAAACCGGCGCGCGUGAAUUGAAUCUCAUUCCAUUUGAUCCUUUACGUGUUAAGUCGCUGAAAAUUAAUCCAAAUACAAAGAGUCCUAUUAAUAUAGAAAUAAGCUUUAAAAAUAUUGAAAUUAUCGGCUUGCAGAAUCUACAAAAUAUUAAAGUCGACGGUUUCACGCACGAUGUCCAAGGACCAAUUUUACUAGAAGGUACUUUACCACAAGCCAUCAUACGUGGGCCCUAUCAAGGCGGCGGCACAGUUUUGGGGUUACCCUUCAAAGGCAGUGGCAAAUGUGAGAUAGUGCUAAAAAAUAUAAAACUAACUGCGAAAUUAAAUGGUAAACUGGUGACUAAGGGCGCCGAUAGAUAUUUAACAUUUAAAGAUAUAAGCUUAGCUAUAUCGGAUCCCGAAAACGUGCACUUCCAGUUUGGUGGACUUUUCGAUGGCAAUAAGGAUUUAUCCGAUACAGCGCAUGCUUUUCUCAAUGAAAAUUGGAAGGAAAUUUUCCGCGAAUUACGGCCGGCAUGGCAAGAAGCAUUUGCAAAGAUUCUUGAAGGAUUUUCUAAGAAUGUAUUCAUAAAACCAUAUGACUGGUAUUUCAAGCAGUGAAAAAUUUUUAAAUCGUUUUAAUGUUUACAUACAGAAAGAAAAUAUAAUGAUCUUGUACCUUGGUAAUAAUUCGUUUAUUUGGAAAUGGCUUGAGGUCCUUUUACAUAUAGGCAUACAAUGUUCCAUGUUUUCUUAAAGCAAUUGAAAUUAAGUGUGUGUAUAAAAAAUAGCAUCGCAGUGUAAUAUUAGAUUAGAUUAGAUUUAAAAAAAUGACAAGUGAACAAAUAUACAUACAUAUGUAUGUAU